UACUCCUGGAUACUCCAGGUCUCUGCUCUCAAGGAACCAAGGAGUCAGAUCUCAGGAUUCUCCAGGAUAUUCUCAACCUUGUUAAACAAAUCAGGAACAUACAACAAUAGUCUUAGCAAAUAAGACAUACAGUUUUAGACAUGUGUGUGAAACAAUGAAAAAUUUGUUCUUUUUAAAUUCAUACCAACCUAGUAAAUAUGACACAAUGGCAAGCAAACCUGUUUUAUUUGACACCUAGAUAGUAUACUGUCAUCUAUAUAUUGGUUCAGGAACCCAGCUUUGCCUAGAAAUCUGAUCUAAACCAUGAUAAAGGUCAACUCACUAAAGUUAUUUUAAAACCCGGCCCGGGCCGAAAAAAAUUGAGUGUAAAGUUUCAUAAAAUUGACAAAGCCUGCAGACCCCAUUCUUGGUACAACUCCUAAAUCUAUAUUUCUGUCUCAGCAUGAGGAGAUGUUUAGCAGUAUUGAGUCUGUGUAUGGAGCAAGGUUCUGGGAGAAUGUUCUCCUAGUUGUAUCUUCAGAAUCUAACUCAAGAGAGAAACGGAACUUUGAACGGUGGAUCAGUAAACUGGAAGAAAAGUUUCCCUGGGCGUGUAAACGUAAAGUUAAACAGGUUUAUAUAGACACUGCUGAACAUGAGUUUGAUACUCUGGAGCAGGUUUGGAACAGUAUCUGUCAUCUACCCAGAUAUUUGAUUCAUCAGUUCAAGGUUGGAGAGGAGGAAGAGGAGGAUGUUGGGGAUAAAGAUCCUGGUAGUCAGGACGGAGAAGCCAGGGCGUAUACUCCUGAUAUAUCAAAUAGUUCAGAUCUGUUAUCGAGUCACAUAGAUCUUGCGUCAAGUAGAACAGAUCUUGCGUCAAGUAGAACUGAUCUUGCGUCAAGUAGAACUGAUCUUGCGUCAAGUGGAACAUAUCUUGCGUCCAGUAGAUCUGAUCUUUCAUCUAGUAGAACAGAUCUAAGUUACACAAGACCUGAAAGUAGAAUAAGUAGAUCUGAUUUACUCCUUGAUCUCCCCUAUAUGCCGCCUCUACCUCCUAGAUCUCCAACAUUUACACGGCGACGGUCCUACCAACCUCCUAGAUCCGUCCCAUCUACCUCUAGGUUGCCUAGAUCAUAUAUGCCCUCCUCUUUCCCAACAGAUGAGUUCUCAUACUCUAGGUAUUCAAACCAUUCAACUCCUAGGUUCGGACGGAGAUCACUCAGGGAAAUAUCUCCAAUAUCCUCCUACUCCUGCAGAUCAUCUCGUGAGACGUCUCCGGCCGGGGGAGGAUUCAAAACAGUUGGUAUUCCAACCUAUCUUAGAACAUGUAAUGCUUACAAGCAUUCUUUUACUAAGGCUAUGCGUGAGAGUAGGUUGGCUCUAAGCUAUGCAUCUGAGGAUAGGAUACUAUUGGAUAAAGCAGAGGAUAUCCCUUAUCCACAACUAGAAAACCUAGAUUCUGUACUCAGACUCUCCUGUGAUGCUGACCUGCUUUAUAUAACGCAUCAAAUCUAUGAUUUCCCGCCAAAUCUAGAAACUACCAAAGAUCUUCUACCUGAGCAAUACAUGACCGCCCAAUCCCUGCUGGAGACUGAGUACCUGGUGGGCGUAGCUGGAGCACUUGUGGAGAGCAGGGUGGAGGAGGAGGUGGAGGAGUUGGCGGAGCAGAAGGUUGAAACCUACAAGGCUAGACGUUCUUCAAUAAAAGAUUUAUCCUCUGAGUUGAUGACUCCAGAUAUACUUGUUACAAAGAAUCCAUACAACUAUGUGAGGAAGGCGGUGUUGCCUAGAAUAAAGUUGCACUGGGAUCAAGGGUUUAGGCAGGGAACUACUGGAUGGGAGAAGGUUCCUGUAAUAAAAAUAAAGAUUAAAUAUAACGAGGAAGACCUGGACAUAUUACCCAAGUAUAUCAGUAUUGAGGGCGGAAGAUGGUGUGAAACUAAAAGAAUAAGAUUGGAAGGAUUUAAAGCGAAAUGUAAACUCCGAGCCACACAGGGUCCUGAGUUCCAGGUCCGGAUGGUUCCCUUAGAUUCAGAUCUUAAACCUGAGUCCUGGGUUCCAGAGUUCCUUGUAUCCAUACCCCCCAGUAUACAGGGAGAAGGAGAGGAGCCAGAGAAAUGGAUCAGAACACCUGUUCAUCCCUGUAUACCAGAAUAGUUCAUCCCUGUAUACCAGAACAGUUCAUUCCUGUUUACCAGAAUAAUGCAUCCCUGUAUACCAGAAUAGUUCAUCCCUGUAUACCUGAACAGUUCAUUCCUGUAUACCAGAAUAAUGCAUACCUGUAUACCAGAAUAAUGCAUCCCUGUAUACCAGAAUAGUCCAUCUCUGUAUACCAGUAUAGUUCAUCUCUGUAUACCAGAAUAGUUCAUCCCUGUUUACCAGAACAGUUUAUCCCUAUAAACCAGAAUAGUUCAUCCCUGUAUACCAGAACAGAUCAUCCCGUAUUCCAGAAUAGCUUAUCCCUAUUUACCAGAAUACUAAAUCCCUGUUAACCAGAAUAUUACAUCCCUGUUUACCAGUAUACUAAAUCCCUGUAUACAAGAAUACAUCGUAUAUUUGUGUACAUCAGUAAAGGUUAUUUCUGAUUACCAGAAUACUCAAGGAGAAUUGAAUUCAAUUCUCCUUGUUCAUAACUAUUCAUACCAGAAUAGAAAACUCAAAUGUUACCUAAUUGAAUUCAAUUCUCCUUGUUCAUAACUAUUCAUACCAGAAUAGAAAACUCAAAUGUUACCUAAGAAUCGAUAUAAAUAUGUACGGUACGUACGUUUACCGUACAGUGUACACUAGCAUACAGAGCCCAAAACUUAAAACAGGGUAUCGUUAUGAAAACCAGUUUUGAAACCCGG